GCCAUGGCAGUGCAUGUCCGUAAUGCUCCACAUGUAACAGGCGGCCUUGAUGAGCAGUCGAUUGAUUAGGAUAACUCUCCCUCUUGCUUCUCUGCAGAUGUUCUGAUAUAUCUUGAUAUUUCUUGCCAGAUCCAUUCACGACUAGAUACACGGCAAGAUGAAGAAAUGGCUCGGAGCUGCAAAGCACAGUGCGACGAGCUCGACGCAUUCGCUGAGUGCUCUUGAAGAGCCUCAGGCACUUGAAAAUGCCAUGGCUGCAGUGUCACAUAUACUCAACGACGAUGUCGAGACGGCAGAAGCGGAGUUGAGUAAGGGCAACUCGCCUUUCCACAAGUUGGGCCAAGGUGUCGUAGCCUUCUUGCGAGCGACUCUCGGCUUCGAACAGGACAUAAUGCGAGAGGCUUCUGAACGCCUAGGGCAAGCCGAAUCUGCCGCCUACGACCACCAACGCCGUGCCGAUAAGGAUGCCUAUCACUCCAAGAUCUACCCUCCUGGAAGCGAAUACGCCCUCUGUCUUGCCGAGUCUCAACUUAUGAGCGCCGUCGUCGCCGUUUUGAACGAAAGUCUUUCCGAGAGUAUCAAAGGCUUCUAUAAGCUGAGGAAGGCCUACGUCGCUCUGCAAGAGAUUGCGGAUGCUGAAAAGAGAUAUCUGAAGGGAAGAAGCUCGACUUCUGUGGGCAGCACGAGUACAAAGUCUACAGUCAACUCGGCUCCAUCCGUUGCCUCUACAUCAAACGCACCCUCAGUGUCAGGUCAAACCCUUGUCGCUCAGGACGAAGAUGAUGAUGACGAUUUCGUGGAUGCCGAUGAGAGCAUUGCCGCUGCUGCCACCCCGACAACAUAUCAAGGCCACCUGGAGUCGAAGGAACUAGAGUCAAAGCUGGGAAACCUAUCGAUUAGACCUGCAUCGUCAUCCACCCAGGUUCCUGCAGCACCAGUCAUAGAAGAGGACGACUUUAGUGAAUUCAGCAACCACCCUGUCGACCUCUUCAUUCAUUCUGGUUCCAACCUCUGCUUUGGCCUUUUACAAUUGAUGCUAUCCUUGAUCCCACCAGCCUUUUCGAAGCUAUUGUAUAUCAUCGGUUUCAAGGGUGACCGCGAGCUCGGUAUCCAGAUGCUGUGGCGGGCAACACAGUAUUCCAACGUCAAUGGAGCCAUGGCAGGUCUGAUUGCACUCGGUUACUACAACGUCACUGUUGGCUUCUGCGACAUCACUACUUCCGAUGCUUAUCCCAAGGAGCGUUUGACCACCUUGCUGUUCCAGAUGCGCAAGCGCUAUCCCGAGUCCCGUCUAUGGAGGCUCGAAGAAGCGAGAAUGAUGGCUGCCGACAAGCAGCUAGAAGAUGCUGUCAAGAUGUGCGGUACCGACGAAAAGUCUCCACUCAAACAAGUCGAAGCUCUACAGUGGUUCGAGAAGAGUCUGAACUGCAUGUAUCUGCACAGAUACGAAGAAUGUGCUACUUCCUUCUUGACAUGCGUGGAACUUAACAACUGGUCCCAUGGCCUAUACUACUACAUUGCCGGCGCAUGCUACGUCGAACUCUACCGCGAAGCCAAAUCCGUCGAUGCAGGUAGAGCAAAACGCUACGCCGAUCGCGCCACAGAACUCCUACGCAAAGUCCCCGUCCACGCGGGCAAGAAACGCUUCAUGGCCCGCCAACUGCCCUUCGACGCCUUUGUAACCCGCAAAAUCAACAAGUGGGAAGAACGCUCAAAGACGCGUGGUAUCGCUUUCGUGGACGCCGUGGGUGUUGCGCCAGUAGAGGAGAUCAUCUACUUCUGGGCUGGGUUCAAGAGGAUGAGAAAGGAACAUCUCGUGCACAGUCUCGAGCGCUUGGCUUGGAGCGAGCAAAACGGCUGUCAUGAUAAUGCUGUCGAUGAGUUGGCUACGUUAUCGCUUCUUCGCGCUACAGUCACCAGAUGGCUCGGGGACACAGCAACCGCUCGACAAAUCCUGGAAACACAAGUGUUGAACCACGAAUGGAGUGAGUUCAAAGGCGGAAACAAAGACAAUUGGUCGCUACCAGUGGCGCAUUACGAGAUGUCUGUCAUUGAAUGGAUAGAUGCUGGUGGUGAGAGAGGCAACAAACAGCAGUUGGAAAUCUGCUCGAGAUGGGUGGAGAAGGCUGCGAAAUGGGAGGCCUAUGAUUUGGAUGCCAGAGUCGGUCUCAAAGUCACCACAGCAAGGGAGACGUUGAAGAAAUGCGGCAUCACUAGCGUCACUGCUUGAACAUGUUUUGUCUCUGCAUCGAGCCGCACGCAUGCAUGGGGAAAAAACUUGAAACGGCAUUUUUUUUUUGCAUUUCUUGCAUAUUUCAAGAGGAUCUGGGGUUUAAAAGGAUUUGGGUGCGGAUCUUGGAGUGUAAGGUGGAGAUUUAGUGUGGACUGUCUGAGCGAGUGAGUGGUGCUUUGUGAAUUAGAUCUAGCGGUGGAGCGGUGGUAUACCUUGUCUCCUCUUUAUGCAUUCACUUCUCUUGUAUCUCCUACCGUGAUAUUUGGUAUUUGGUGUUUCAUGUUUCCUACACUCAACCGUAGUCGUCCGCGCCCAUGAUAGCGGUGAAAGAGUUUGCAUCAUCCUACCAACCAUUGUCUAAGCCAUCCAUCCCUCCUUGCUC